GCCCUAACCCUACCACUUCGCCUCUUUACUCGCUUUGUUUCUAGCGGUUCUGGCUCUGCUCCUUCUUCUUCUUUAGCCUGCAAUCAUCGACGACAAUCGGCUGGGAACACAAGUGGAAUCGAGGAUUACAGAGGACUAAGACGGAUAGGAUUCCUCUCGGCCGAUGAUGCCUUCAUCAAAGCAUCCAUUCCAUACAGCUCUGCCUUUCCCGAUCCACUCUGCGGCAGACGUAGCGGCGACGUCCUCCUUCAAAUGCUCUUGGUCAUAGACGGUGGCGGGGAGCGCUCAUCACUCUCUCCUCGUGUAUCUUUUUCUCAAUUCCCUUGAUGGGCCUAGCAAUGUUGAGACCGUUCUUACUCUAUUCGCCCGUCUGUAAGACCUUAAAUCUGCAAUUGAAAGAAAAACCGAAGAUGAAACCUACAUCCAUCAUUCGAGGUUUUAAUUUAUGGAUUCAAUUAAUCUGAAAUGCUCUUUUGAUUCUGUUCAUUGUAAUGGUGGCAGCUUCCCUAACCUGACCUUUCCACUAGAUAGUCCUCUUCCCUUGCUGCUAAAAUAAAAUUCACUAAAGCAGACCACUUUUUUCCUUGGGCCUUGGAGAUAGAGACAUCAUUUCCCCCAGAAAAGAGGAUUGUAAUCAGCAAAUUGCAGUAGCCCUGCUCCUGCAAUCUUCUCUUCUUGGCUACGGAAGACAAAGUUUUGAGGGAAAUCACUUAAAUGUAAGCAUUUGAUACCAUCCUACCAAUAAAGAUGAAAUCGGAGACACAUGUAUAUCAUUGACACGGGUGCCCCGCUUAGUAAAUUUGGGAAUCUAGUCUUGAGCUUCCUUAAUUGAUAGUUAUUUUAUAUGAGCAACAUGGUUAUCUUGUUUAUGUUAUAUCAAGUAUUUAAAAAAGGAUAUGAUUACAGACUUACAAUGCAUUUUAUACCUAAUGAGUAGUACAUCAUACAUUUUGGGUUCUAUUACUCUCUAUGUAUAUAGAGGAUAAUGACUUAACACUGCUUAUAUGUAGUAAGGAGCAUUUUCUGAUUUUUAUUGUUGACAGAUAUAGAUAAUUAGGCGGAUUGUCUCAUGUUUUGGUUUGAACAGUCUCCAUUUUCAAACUGUUUUCAAAUGUAAAUGGUGUUAAUCUAAGGUUUAUAUUCCUGUGUACGGAGUAAUACUUUAUGCUUCUUCAAUAUACGGAGUAAUACUUUAUGUUUUGCAUGGUUCUUUUAAUUCAUUGUUGUUAUCUUUGUCAAACGUUUAGGUGGAGAUUUAGAGAUUUUAUUCACUAAUUUGCCAUAGGGAAGGGUGGAAAGGUAUUCACUAGAUUAAAAGAUUGACAGAUUGUCGGCUCGGCAAGUGGUGACUUCAAUAGACUCAUACUAUGUACUAUCUUUUGACUUCAACCUUGGCACUCCAGAUGGUUUGAGCUUUGAACGUGCCGCAGAAACUCAUAUUACGAUGGCUAAGAAGACUCGUUUUCUAAACUUGGGGAUAUAAAAUUGAAGCACAUUGAUGUAAACGUUAUAUACAAUAACUUUGUGACGUUGAAAAUUGAAGAUUAGAUUUUUUAUGUCAAUUAUUAAUUAUGUUUU